UGUUGCGCAGGUUUUAGCUUAAUCUUUAUUAAGCUGGGCUGGUAUUCAUGGCCAUACUCACCUCUCGUUUGACUCCACGGUGAAACUGUUACCGACUUCUCUCGGAUUCAUGAGUCACCUAUGAAGGGCUAUGGAACAUUCAACACUAUAGAUAGAAAGAUGCAUUGUACGCACGAUCAAGGCACUGUAGGAUGGCUGCAGCAACUCAAUACUCUUCUAAAAUCAAGUGGGUAGCUUUUUCCCACGACGGUUGGUGUGCGCAUGGUUGCCCUCUGUAGCCAGCGCUGUUCAACGAAUAUCUGGCGAAGAUCAUGUGGGAUACACCCCAGGACCAUCACUCUCCGUUUCGAUUGGAGGUGUGUGUGGGGGAGGGGGACCACUCAGUUACCUCCGCUUUCCCGACGACACUGAUUUGAAUGCGGGGAUCAGCAGCGAGUUACAAACCCUCACUGACAAACUCGCCGCCAGUGCGAGUACAUGUGAGGUAGAGAUGUACAUGGACAAAUGCAAAGUCAUGGUGAGCACCACUAGAUUUACCAAAGCAGUGAUUCGAAUGAAUGGAGUACAGCUGGAGAAGUUGCAGAAUGUCAGCAGCUGAAAAGGGGCCUCUGCUCGCCAUUGUCAAGCGACAGAAACUGAAGUUGUUUGAUGACGGACGACAGGACACCCUGCUGAAGACGGACCUCCACGUUUACGUUGAAGACGGCCGACGCCGAGGCAAGCAGAAGAAAAUGGCUAUUGUGAGUAGUUCCGGAUGGCUAAAUCUAUGCCACAGAGAAACUGUUAGACAUAACAGUAACAUCUUUCAAGGGUGUGACGUCAGCUUGCAUCGCCUGUUACAGUCCCCCUACAGCCUGACUGUCAACAUCCCAUGCCCUCCUGUUGUCACGACGCCUGAAGCUGGAGCCGCAGGAAAUUCUACUGAAGACACCUUGAAGAUUCCUGACGAUCAGUUUGGACCAAAAAUCAUGUGCAGCGAACAAUACAGGGUGAUAUCAAUCAACUCCAGAUUCUCGUUUCCUUUCGGGAACCCAUGUCUGAAAGAGUUUAUCGCUGGACACUGCUUCGAUGAAGGCUUUCUUGUUCCAAGGAUCGUGCACUACGUUUGGUUUACGAAUCAUUCACUCGAUGUUUACACUUUUAUUAGUGUUCUGAGCGCCUACAGGUUCCUGAACCCGUGCUUGAUCCUUGUACACGCUGACCUGCUGCCCACUGGUGUUUACUGGCGAGCCCUGCGCCUCCUGGUCCCUCUCAUCGUGCAUGUGCAGCGGCAGCCACCAGCAAGAGUCUUUGGGAAGCUGCUGGGAUUUGUGCAGCACCAAGCGGACAUCGCAAGGCUAGAGGCUCUGCGAGAAUAUGGCGGUAUUUACCUGGAUGCAGAUCAAAUCAUAUUGAAAAAUCUUGACAAAUUUCGGAAGAUGGAGUUUGUGAUGGGACACGAGAGUCCGAAGAACCUAGCCAACUCACUGCUGAUCUCUGCUCCACAUGCGAAAUUCAUCGACGUGUGGUACCAGCAUUAUCGCACGUAUAGCGCCAGAGAAUGGGGUAUCCACUCCACUUUCCUACCCUUCGCCUUAUCACGCAAGUUUCCGAGCAUGAUAACAAACGCUGGCUACGCUUUCGUCAAACCAGACCUACCCGCUGUUGGGGAUGUGUGGAUAGGGCACUAUGACUGGAGCCGCAACUACGCCAUACACCUGUACACCAGGUCUGUUGCCAACUGGAGCCUCUUCCCCACUCAGCACACACUGGAGAGCUUAGUGCGUUUGAACGCUUCUUUAGGAGAGAUCGCGCGUUACAUUCUGUUUGGUGACAAACAUUCGUGCAGUAGAUGUCAUUUAAAUGACUCUGAGUGUGGUCACUACCAAUGAGUCGAUUAAAUAAUGUGAUAAAAUACUUUAGAAAUAGAAGCAAGCUAAUGAUUGCAGUUUAUCGCAUACGACAAUUGUUUUUCGCUCUGAUUCUGUAAGCAAGGUCUAUGUCUCUCAACGUACAACAUGACUGGCACAACAAGCGACUCGUAAAACCUAUUGUCUAUUGGAGCGAUAAGAGAGGAAUUUUCUCUAAUUUUCUCCCUCUAGCUAUAAAAGGCAUUUUAUACUUCUAGAAUUCAUUAUAUAGCUAUACAAUUAAUUCUGUGCUUAAUUUCUGUAACUACAGAGUUGAAAUGUAUAAGGAAGGAGCAUGAUUUAUUUAAAUAUGAUAAUAUGGUAAGAAAAAGCUUUCAAAAUCCAUUCUGGCAAGAUGUCAUGAUGCAUUAUAAAAAGUUUAUUAACAAGUGCGUUCCAACAUGUUGUGAAGAAUUUCUCGGGGAGUCCAUCCACUUUAAUGGUAAUAUUAUUAUUAGAGGCAGAAAAGUUGUAUGUAUUAAGAAAUGAUUGGAUGCAUAAUUUAAAAAAUAGGAGACCUCACUAAUGUUGAUGGUACAGUUCUGACUCUUGAAGAAUUCUAUGUAAGGUAUCCCUUAACCUUCGUGGGCCUGAUGCAGUCCAUAAAACAAUAUCAAAGGAAGUGCAAUUGCCUGUUAGUCUCUCAGAAUGAACCUGUUAAUAGCGGAUGGGCUAUUAUUUGAAAAGGGAAUACAGAAGUUUCAAAACUUUUUCAAGACAAUUAAGUGUAUCCAUCUGCACCCAGAAAGUGAGAGGUAGUAUUUAAAGAAUGUAGAUGGGCUGAUAAAUUUCUAAAGCCCUUCUAUACUACUAUACACAACUGAGAUGGUUUCAAAUAAGAAUUUUAUAUAGGAUCCUACCCACAAACAUGUUUCUUUUUAUAUGUAAGGUCACUACAUCUCCUUUUUGCUGUUUUUGUAAACAGGGUUAGUUAGUUGUUAAUGAAACAUUUGCCUGUAUUGUAGCAGAUGGCUUGCCUUGCUAUUUGUUAUUUCUAUUAUCUUAUGUGUAUAUUAUGUUGUUUAUGUAUAUGUAGAUUGCUUUCAUUUACAUUAUUUUAUAUACGAUUGUUUGUGUUGUACAUGUAUAUAUUGUGGAAUAAAAAAUUCCUAACAACUUUAAAUGUGCAAACAAACUGAGACUUUUCCUUUAUUACUAAAGUAAAAUAGAAAAGUCGUGCUGUGGACACGAAUAAUAGGAGGAUUGUGUAGUGAAAGAUACUCCCUGUUAAUCGGAAAAAAUAGGGUGGAAUUCACAAAAGAACUAUUUCUUUACAGAAUUGCUCUUUCAAACACUUCGUGGGGAGAAAAGCAGCGUGCAAACAUUAGAAAAAAAAACUUUCUAAUGACUGAAGAUAGUAAA